AUGCAGAUCCAGAAUGAGAGAGCAUUUUAUGGACGCCGUGUUCCAAGUCCAUAUCUAUGCCUACACGCAAACCCAAACAUAACAGAGGAAAACACAGACUGUGCAACAACCACAGUCAUUCAGAAAGUGUUGUCUGAGUGCCAGAUUCGGCGGGAGUGUCAGAUUCCUGUGGUGAGUCCUGUGUUUGGUCAAGAUCCCUGCCCUGAAACCAGCAAAUACAUCAUUGUCUCCUACAAGUGCAAGCCAGAGCAUCAUCGUUCGAGAACGGUGUGUGAGAAUGAGCGAAUGAAGUUGGCCUGUAAGAAUGACACAGUUUUGGCAAUCUAUUCAGCCACGUUUGGCCACCUGGAGCAUGACAGCCUUGAGUGCCCUCAAGAGACUAAAUCAAAACCAGAUAUAGAGUGCUUGUCUCCGUCAGCCUUGAGGAGGGUGUCAAGGAAAUGUCAUGGCAGGACAAUCUGCUCUGUACUGGCUAAUGCUCAGGGAUUUGGAGACCCCUGUUUCCCUGGGACCAAAAAGCACUUGCGAGUCUCCUUCAGCUAUGUACCACGGUAUCUACUGGAAGAUGUUGGACGUGGAAACAUAGAUCUGUUCUUGCUCUCUGAUUAUACACAUGGUCUUCCAGAGACAGUGGCUUUAUACUUUGUCUCUGGUAUCUGUGCUUGUCUGUUCUUCUUGCUGUGUUUGUUCAGUCUCAAAUCCACCCUGAUUAGAGAUCUGAAAGACCUUGCCUCUGAGCUAGGAGAUGAGCUCAAGUCCUCCCACCUUUUCGCCACCUCGUACGCCCUUACCGCACACCAGACGUGUUCAACCCAGAGAUGAUAAUGACAUUGGUGAUGGAGGAGAGGAAGGAUGAGGACAAACCUGAGAUGCCCAAUGGAGGCAUCUGCCCUCAUAUCAUGCACAAAAUCAAAACAUCAUCUGCUUAAUCUGGAUGUUUUUUCUUCUUAUCUGACUGUUUUCCUUAUUAAAAGAAGCACUAAUUAAAUGAUUUAACAUGAGUGAAGUCCAAGAUUACAUUUUCUUAAAUGUGUGAUGUGGAUUGUGACAUUAAUAUCAAGCCCACCUGCU